AUGGAUGCAUCAGCACCAAGUUCACCUCCGGCCCCCCUAAUUGAUUCGAGUAGCACAAAUGAAAUUUACAAUAACGCGAAGACACCUCCACCUUCUAACGUUCCAAUCGAGUCACCAUCCUUACAGGACACACCUUCUACUCCAAGGCCUUCAACACCUGACUCUGUUUCUGUUCCAAGACCGAAUCUCGGCCCAAUAUACUCCGCAGUAUACUCUGGAGUGCCAGUCUAUGAGUUUCUUGUUCGUGAAGUUGCUGUUAUGCGUAGAAGACCAGAUUCGUAUCUGAACGCCACGCAGAUUCUAAAAGUUGCAGGGCUCGAAAAAGGGAAACGCACAAAAAUCAUCGAAAAAGAAGUUUUAACAGGGGAACACGAGAAGGUUCAAGGUGGUUAUGGAAAGUACCAGGGCACAUGGGUUCCAUAUGAAAGAGGCAAGGAAUUGGCGGAACAAUAUGGCGUCCUUGAGUUAUUGCGUCCUCUAUUGGAGUAUAAACCACCAAAGCACGAUAUACCAUAUUCCUCUUCUCCUUACACCCCGACAAAAGAGCAGGCAAUGGCUGCCAUGCGCCGACAAGCUGCCAGAGCUACCAACAGUUCUUCUCAAUCCACUUCUCAGGCCUCCGCCCUCCCAUCUACCCAACCUCAUGCGGUGACAUAUGGAAAUGAUAUUGAGAAUGUUAUAGUUACGCCAUCAGAAGUGUCCGAACCAUUGCUUACUGCUGCGGAAAUGGACGAGGGAGAGAGACAUCGGAAUGUAUUAAUGGCAAUAUUUCUCAAUGAAGAUCCAAAUCAAAUACCUGAUCUUCUUUCAAAUCCGUCCUCUCCAGAUGAAAUCGACUAUGAUGUUGUCAUUGACAACCAUGGUCAUACCGCAUUACAUUGGGCGGCUGCUCUUGCUCGUUUACAAGUGAUGGAAUUAUUGUUGGAGCGGGGAGCAAACGUAAAACAACUGAAUUAUGAAGGAGAAUCGGCUUUAGUACGCGCAGUUCUUGUAACCAAUAAUUUUGAAGCACAAAACUUCCCAUCUGUCCUAGAUCUGCUCCGUGAGACUAUCCCUUUGACUGACAAAGAUAAUCGAACAGUUUUUCAUCAUAUCUCGAUGACUUCGGGUACAAAAGGUCACUCUGCUGCGGCAAAAUAUUAUAUGGAUUGUAUACAGCAGUGGGUUGCACAGAACGUUCAGGGAAAUAUUUCUUCGAUUUUGAAUAUUCAAGACAAAAAUGGUGAUACGGCUUUGAACAUUGCUGCACGUGUGGGAAAUAGCCAGUUGGUUCGUCAGUUGAUAGAAAUGGGGGCUAGUAAGCAAAUAGAAAAUAAAAUAGGGUUAAAAGCAAUAGAUUUUGAUCCAACAGAGCGCAUCGAAUUUGAAGAUUUAAACGAUGGUAGAUUAGAUGCAUCCACCGAUUAUUACAAUCAACCAAUUACAUCUAAUUUUGUCAACCCUCGUAGAAAAUCUAGAGAUGUUGCAUUAGGUAUUCAGAAGUUGAUAGAUGACGCGGAGACAGAAUGGAUUGAACAAUUAAGGUCAAAGGAUGAGAAACUCAUAGAAACGCGGCGACAAUGCAGUAUUACUUCAAGACAACUUCUCGAAGCGAAGAAUGCAAUUAAUUUUUACCAAAAGCAAGAAAAUGAAUUGAUUGAAACAGAGGAGUACAUCGAAUUUCUCGAAAAAGUUUUAAAUGCCGAGGAUCUGGAAGAUUCUUUUGUCGCGAAUAAACGUCAGAAAAUUGAACAUUCAAAUGGAGAGACAUCUGCAUUAGAUGUUCUUUCAACUGUUUCAACAUCCAUUCCCGCACCAAUAACAGGCCUACACCAAUCCGAUACCAACGCGUCGGAUCCAUCGUCUAUAUCAAAGACAUCAAUAACAGAUAUUAAUACAUCAAUCCCAAUAUCGCAGGGUUCUACACUAGUGUCUCCCGUAACGAAUUCCGAGAUCUCUACUACUACCAGGGAACCACCGAAAUCUUCAAGUAAUGAUUUGGGGACAUUGUCACAAACAUCAGCUCCCCUGGAUUCACUUCCUUCAAUGUCUAAUGUAAUAUCUUUAUCUGCGCCACUAAAUAUAUCAACGAUACACUCGACACCUUCGUCAUCGACUAGAAUAUUAUUAAACCCGCCUAAUUCACAACCUGCGGCAGAAAAACCUCCUACAAUAACAAUAUCUCCACCAAGCGCACCAUCUCAUCCAUCUCUUCAGCAAACAUUGGCAAUAUCACCCUCCAUGAUGCCUUAUAAUGAUGCAGUAGUUCCCGAAAAAUCAGCAUCAGAAGAAUUAAUUGAAAAUGAAAUCAGAAACCUUAUAGCACAAAUAAAUGCCUAUGCUGCAGAUGAAGACUUACUUCGGCAGGAAAUUGAAUCCUUAAGGAAAAAAUCAUUAGAUUCAAUCAUGAAAUACAAAAGGAUUAUAGCUUCAUUUUGUAAAAUUGAUCUAGAUAAAGUAGAUGACUAUGUCGAAACGAUAUUAUCGAAUGAUACGGUGGAUUUUGAUGAGCCACGGAUUAAAGAUUUGAUGAACCGAGUACGUAACGAAGAAGAAAUGGAAGACAGUCCUUUUUAA